AACUGUGAUCUAGCCCCAAUAAAUAAAUACUAUUAUGCCAACAAAACAGCACUUCAGUGGACAUGUAAAUGAUACUUCGUUAAAUGACUAAAACACUAAGUAUUCACGUUCCCAUGUUGGGAUUUCUGUUACGGAAUCCAGAACGGAAAAGAAAGUCGUAUAAAAGGCGGUUUGUCUCAAAAAAUGACUCUGUUUGUUUAAGAAGUCAGACGUGUGUGAAUGUGGUUUGCCAGGAUCGACAAAUGUCUCACCUGCUAUAGAUACUCUGUUGUGAUAGUUGACUCAAAAUGGCUCUCAAUAAUCGUGCAUUUGAUCGUGACUCGUACAUCUUCGACUAACUACCCAAAUACUGGUAGGUAUCUGACAAACAGCAAUGGAGAAGGAGUUCAUAUCUAUGAAGAGAUCCCCGCCAAUCGGAAUCCUGCAUUAAAUCAGUCCAAUGGUCCACCAUAUCAACAAGUGAAACAAACUUAUGGCCAGGUGUCUCAAAAAGGUCCUCCAACAUCGUACAACAGCAAACUCGAUAGAGAUGCUAUCGCUGUUAAACUUCCGAGAUCGCCAUCUAAUUCCUCACAGUUUUGUUUUCGCUCAAGAAGCAAAAUUAUGAUUCUUGCGUUGUUAUGUCUGGCCAUUUUGAUUGGAGGUGUUGUCACAGGUUUGUUUGUGUCUGGCGUUUUGGGCCACUCAUCGCAAGAGGGGAAUCCAAAAGAUGAAGGACCUUCCACACCAAUGGGAUACUCCCCAACGAAAGUAAAAUCUACUACAAUUGGGUAUUUUUCCACAAGUCGACCUUCUGCCACAACUGACGCAUCUGCAGUAGAAGAACCGUCGACGACAAUCGGGUAUUCCUCGACAAUAGGAAAAUCCGCCACGGGCAGACAGUCUACUGCAAUUGGAUCUUCUUCCACUAAUGGACCCUCCGAAGCUAUAACCGAAGCUUUCACAACUAUUGACCGAUCUCCAUCAAAAGAACCACAAAUGACGACGUUGGGCCAUUCAACAACAGAUGUACAGUCUACAGAAGCUGGACCACCUACAACGAUAGAAUCUUCCUCCGCAGUUCCCAGCUCAAAAUCGGAGAUCUCGUUUUCAACUUCACCCUCCUCUGUAUCAGCUUUGAUAACAACAACAUCAUCGACAAUUGAUCAUGAUUCUACAACAGUGCCCCAACCAGCUUUGGUAACUUACGGUAUAUGGACAAGUUGGUCACCAUGGUCUCACUGCUCUAGUACAUGCGGAAAUGGGGCACAGAACAGGACGAGGGAGUGUAAAAAGUCCUCUCAUACAGAUUUAGAAUGUUCCGGCAGUACAGAAGACACUAGGGAAUGCAACUUAGGGAACUGUCCAAAUUGUUCAAUGGAAUGUAGUGAAGGCUUAAUCCAGAAUGAUUGUCUGGCCUGCCAUUGCGCAUUCAAUCAACCCAAAUCAUUCCGCAUUUACAACUCCAAAAUGACUCCGCUUGAGGAGGCCACUGUCACAAGGCUGGAAGUAGGGUAUGCUAUAAUCGCUACAACUGGAAAGAAUGGGAGUGUGACAGUAGAAAACACUUGUAUUGGUGACUUGUAUGUUAUCAGGAAGGAACAUUAUGUGGAUAGCAUGGUUGAAAUUACAUCUGAAAUGACUUAUCAAGUCAUUAUGCCAGCGAUUGGACGUGUAAAUAUGAGAAUUCAUCCACAAGAUGCAGUAGCUCUAAUUGGUGAUGAUGUAACUCUAUCCUGUUUGGCGUCUUCCAUAGCAUCUGCUCUCACGUAUCGAUGGUUCAAAGAUGAAAUACCAAUACCAAUUACGGAUACCAACAACACAUUAGUGAUCAGAAAUGUCGGAGCACAAGAUGGCGGGUUAUACAAUUGUCAAGCGCAGACAGAAUCCAGUGUAGCAACUUCAAGAUCUGCUCUUGUGAGAGUGAAAGAAAAUGCGAGUGAUUUCUGCGACCAUCAGCCAAUAGAACAUAACAAAGUGCUGCCAAAAGACUGUCCACAGAGUGAAUCAUUCAAUUAUAAUGUUGGUCAAUGCGAAAGUAAUGCUUGCGUGGGAGAGAAGACCGAGACGGCAAGUGACUUUUGUUGUGGACCAAUAAAACAGGAAUCCAGACAGAUUUCCUGCAAUGGUUACAGUUUGGACAUCAGUGUUGUUAUUGAGUGUGGGUGUAUUGUUUGUAACAAGGUUAACACUACAAAUGGUUUAAUUACCAAAGUAAGAGAAGUUACAUUUUCUGGAAAGGUUUAUGAUAUGUCUAAUACUGAUAAUCUUUUUAGAUUUGGUGAUGUAUAUCUUUAUGAUGAAAAGAUGACAACAACAGGAUUUACUGGACAUUUUAGUUUCAAAAUUCCGAGUGGUACAAAUCGUGUCGUUUUAACAUUUAAGAAUGACUUUUAUAAACUUUUCAUUACAACAACGAAAGUGUUCAACAUUCCUUCCGAUUUCUCUGGUAACUUUUACAAAGAUGUACCAUUGAUGCCAAAAUCCAAAGCUACAGUUUGGCGUUUGUCAUCAAAAGACGAUAACCUGAUUCCAUUAGCAAAUUCUUCAAUGGAAAACCGUCCAUUGGCAGAUGUUUUUAUUCCUGCAAAUGCUUUUUACACGGAGAACGGCGACGAAUACAAUGGGAUUGUUGAAGUUGAUGCUAUAUUUGUUGAUCCUAGGGAUCCUACUAGUUUUGAAAAUAUGGUUGGGGAUUUAACCUACGUUGAUAACGAUGGGGAAGUUGGUGCUUUACAAUCAUUUGGGAUGUUUUAUCUUGAUAUCAAAGAUGACCUUGGAAACCCAUUAGGUAUACAAAGUGAAGUUGAAAUUGCUAUCGAUCUUGACUUUAUAGGGGCACAAAAUGGGCACACAAACGUGAAGCUGUGGUCGAUGAAUCCAAUAUCUGGGAGAUGGGAAUUCGAGAGUAAUCUAAACAAAGCAACAACUUCUUACAAACAUAAGCGACAAGUCUUUCAAUCGAGCUAUGACACAAACUUUUUCAUUGGGAAUAUUGUGAUAAAUGAUCGCUACUGGAUCAAUUUUGAUAAUGAUGAAUUAAACUACUGCUUUGUGAAGGUGAAGACAUUCACUGAUGGAACAUUUGGUAUGGAACUCCCAUGGGACGAGAAAACUGAGACUACUGUCAUUGCCGUAGACAGUACCAGAACUGACCGAUGGGCGCAGGUGACAACUGGAAGCAUGUCACUAGACUCUGCGACUGGCGUUGCAACCACUGGGGAUUGUAUAUUAACAAUGUGUGGUAGCGACUCAUUUUCUGGCUACGUGAUGUUGAAUCACCCGAAGGGUCCGUUCAAAGCAAAACCUGAUAUUGGGGGAAUCGCUCCUGUGAAUGCAAUAGUUGAUGUUUCCACAACCAGCCUUGGCGAUGGACCAAACGAAGAAAACUAUGAUCGCGUCAUCAAUACAACAAUGAAGCCUCUAACGAAUAACUAUGGGCCGAUAUACCAUUUCGAAGAGGGUGAAUGCUGGGAUAAAAAUUCAGCUUUUUGCAGGGCUUGUAGAAAAGAUAAGUUGAAACAGGGAUGUGAACCAUGUGGACAAAAAUGUCGUUACCCUGCUACAAAGGCUCUUCAAUACUGCACUUCGGAUAUAAAUUCUGCGUACUAUGUUUUUUAUCAGGAGACUGCCCUUUAUGAAUUCACUGUUUGUGAAAGUUUUCAGCAAUGCGAUCAAACACCCCAUCUAGUCUGGUACCCUCGUAACCAUGUUGAAGUAUGGGCAUGGUACAUUAAAAUUAAAGUCGAAUUUGAAUAUGAAUCUGUUGUGCGAGCUGUCAGUGAAGGAGGUACACACCCAGAGACACUAGGUCACAUUUAUGGUAUUCGUGAAGCAACGACUAGAGAUAAAACCACGUGUUUGGAGUUCAAAGGCAGUGGCGACAUCUAUGUGGUUCCCGCUGGUAGUGAUGAAACCCUUGUCAAUAUCGAUGUACAAGGAGCUGACUGCCAGAUAAAAAACAUAUUUUCUGAUCUUCAAAUCCACCAAGUAAAUCCGUCUCCAGGAAUAUUUGGAUUCAAACUUCCAGUUGGCUAUACCACUAGUGGGGAUUUAACGGGGAUUUAUUUCAGUACCAGCAGUGGGGAGGUUUCUGACGCUUCAAGAGAAGCGAAGGCUCGUUGUGAGUGCGCAGAUAUUCUCCACGGCUCCCCUACGUGUAAUGACUAUAAACCCGAUGAAGGCGUUGGACUGACGAUUAGCUGUAAAGCUUCUACGGCUCCAUAGGACGAGGAUGUUCCCUUGAACAUAUUUAUUUAUGUUGAUGUUAUUUUGCUUUUAUUUGAGUUUAUUGUACACAUGCUGACGAGUUAGCUUCAAGCUUUUUAUAUUAAGUAGUCACUUGUUGAACACAACUAUUGUAACUAAACUAAAGUAGAGUCUAAAGAUUACUUUAAACUUCGAUCUGAUGCAGCACAUAAAACAAUCAUGCAAAAUAAAGUAAUGCAUACAUUGAGGAAUCGAUACUUUAAUAGCUUUACCUGCAUUCUGAAGUGAAUAUUGUAAAUUAUUGUUAUGAAUAUUGUAAUAUCUGUUUAGUUUAUGAUAUGGAACCAUUGUAACCAUUGUAAUGAAUUACCUGAAACUUUUAGACAUCUGAAUUCUAGAAAAAUAAAUUUAAGUCAGAUUUGAACAGUAUUAUCUGGACUAGUAUUAAAUUAAACUGUAUAACAUUUAGCUAUAUGUGCUUAUAUAUAUGUGACUGUGUAUUUCUUUCUCCCAUUACUGUUCUUCUAACUUUCUAUCUUUAAUUUAUAUCUAGUCACCUUGAUCAAUGCAAUUAUGUAAUAUAUUAAUCAUAUGUAACUAUAUACAGCCGUAUGGGUGUCAGUUGCCUGUACACUGAAAAUUGAUAU